GCAUAGUCUCCUUUAGAGUUACCGAGGGACGUCAGUUGUGAAUGAAGCGGAAGUGCAAAAUUUAGCGCGAACUGUUGAAGAUGGAGAUUCGCAAAGUCAAGACAAAAGUGUCUGCUGGCUUCAAAAUGCGGGGACUUAUGCUUAGACCUGAAGCCAGCAAGUAUCUGGUGGAGGUAUUGGAGUCUGUCAGUGCAGUGGAGCUGGAUGAUGCUAUCGAGAAAGUACUGGAUGCAGUGGAGAAACAGCCUUUGUCCUCUAGUAUGAUUGAGCUGUCAGUGGUGGAAACGGCUGUUCAGGAGUGCAGCCAGUCAUGUGAUGAAACCAUCGACAAUGUCUUUAACAUUAUUGGGGCGUUUGAUGUGCCAAGAUACAUCUACAGCACCGAGAGGAAAAAAUUUAUGCCAAUUGCCAUGACUAAUCACCCCACCCCAAGUCUCUGUGGUACAGCCAGAGAUAAGGCAGAGCUCUUCAGGGAACGCUACACCAUCCUCCAGCAGCGAACGCACAGACAUGAGCUCUUCACACCGCCUGUGAUUGGAUCGGCACAAGAGGAAGGCCGGAACAAAUUUCAGUUGAAGACGGUGGAAGCUCUGCUUGGAAGCACGGCAAAGCUUGGGGAGGUAAUUGUACUGGGGAUGGUAACGCAGCUUAAAGAGGGCAAAUUCUACUUGGAGGACCCCAGUGGCUCCGUGCAACUUAACAUGUCCAAAGCACAGUUCCACAGCGGUUUGUACACGGAGUCCUGCUUUGUUCUGGCAGAAGGCUGGUAUGAGGAUUCCAUUUUCCACGUCAAUGCCUUUGGGUUCCCUCCCGUCGAACCCUCCUCCACUACCAGGGCCUAUUACGGGGACAUAAACUUCUUUGGUGGCCCCUCAUCCACUUCAGUGAAGGCUUCAGCAAAGUUGAGGCAGCUGGAAGAGGAGAAUGAGGAUGCCAUGUUCAUUUUUGUCUCGGACGUGUGGCUGGACAGUGUGGAGGUUCUGGAGAAAAUUCAAACAAUGUUUUCAGGAUACUCAGCUAUGCCUCCCACCUGCUUCAUCUUCUGCGGGAACUUCUCCUCUGCUCCCUAUGGCAAAAACCAGGUUAAAUCCCUCAAAGAGUCUCUGAAGGUGCUAGCAGAUCUGAUAUGCGAACAUCCCAACAUCCAUAGCAGUAGCCGGUUUGUGUUCGUCCCUGGCCCAGAAGACCCGGGCCCCAGCACAAUCUUACCCAGACCUCCCCUGGCUGAUUACAUCACUGACGAAUUCAGACAAAGAGUGCCAUUCUCUGUGUUUACCACCAACCCAUGCAGGAUCCAGUACUGCAGUCAGGAGAUUGUGGUGAUCAGGGAAGAUCUGGUGAACAAAAUGUGCCGGAAUUGUGUGCGCCUGCCCAGUGGAAAUCUGGAUAUUCCUAACCAUUUUGUAAAGACCAUCUUGUCCCAGGGUCACCUCACCCCCCUGCCAUUGUACGUCAGCCCGGUUUUCUGGGCCUAUGACUAUGCCUUGAGGGUGUACCCCGUGCCCGACGUUGUCGUGUUUGCAGACAAAUAUGACCCCUUCAACAUUUCCAGCACUGACUGCCUCUGCAUUAACCCGGGUUCCUUCCCAAGAAGUGGGUUUACUUUCAAGGUGUACUACCCUUCUAACCGGACAGUUGAGGACAGCAAACUUCAAGGUCUAUAAGUGAACCAAGAUUGGAGAUUAACUUUCUACAUUCGAUAAGCCACCUACUCUUGCUUGGAGGCUGUGCAGUUAUUGUGUGAAAAUGUGCAUGUUGAAAAAUGUCAUAGAAUCCCAUUGAAUUUUGAUCUUCUUUUCUUGUACUUAUUAUAUACUUUUGUUUUUGCGGAAUAAAAUAUAAAAUUAUUUAAGCUGCUAAAAGGUAAUUCUGUUUUAACCAUUUUACUUUUUUAUGGAAAGCAAAUGUGACAGAUAAUAAAACGUUUAAUGUGUUUUCAUAAUAAAAUAAUGUUUGUGUUCCUCAUUGAGAA